AUUAGUAACUCUAAAUUCGUGCCAUUUUGAGAGACUUUCUGACAUAUCCGUAGAUUUUCUAGUGUUUUAUCCACUUCUGCCAGCAGAUGGUGAGCUUGUUUUCCGCACCUCCUUGUGGACUUCUGAUGACAGCGGGGUGGAGUUGUUGGGAUGCGAACUUUUCUCAAGACAACUCCCUUCAUUCUUGCCUUUCACACACUCCUCGGCAGCCUGGAGUAAGACUCAUCAACAUCUUCCAGAAAAACGGGAGCCUCUCUGGGAGAUGUGGGUCAACAUCUUCACUCUAACAGCUUUAGCUCUGUGGUAUCCCGUCAGGGCACAGGAAGCACCGUCUGCAGAUAUGUGCACGGAGGGCAGCUGCUACCCCGCCACGGGUGACCUGUUAAUCGGCCGAGCGCACAAACUCAUCGCCUCCUCCACCUGCGGCCUCCAGCAGCCAGAGCGCUUCUGCAUUGUCGGCCACCUGGAAGAGGAGAAGAAAUGCUUCACAUGUGAUUCGAGGGAGAUGUAUGAUGAGGACAGCAACUCCAUCAGCCAUACCAUUGAGAACGUGGUCACCACCUUUGCCCCCAACCGCCUCAAGACCUGGUGGCAGUCUGAGAAAGGUGUGGAGAAUGUAACUAUUCAGCUGGACCUGGAGGCCGAGUUUCAUUUCACACACCUCAUCAUGACCUUCAAGACGUUUCGUCCUGCUGCCAUGAUGAUUGAGCGUUCCAUGGAUUUUGGGAAUACAUGGCAGGUUUAUCGAUACUUUGCCCACGACUGCGAGUCUGCCUUCCCUGGGAUCACCACCGGACCCAUGCAUAAAGUAGAUGACAUCAUCUGUGACUCCCGCUACUCGGACAUCGAACCAUCCACAGAGGGAGAGGUGAUAUUUCGGGUGCUGGAUCCUGCCUUUAAGAUUGAAGACCCCUAUAGCAUGAGAAUACAGAACAUGCUGAAGAUCACAAACCUCAGAGUAAAGUUCAUCAAGCUCCACACACUGGGUGACAACUUGCUCGACUCCAGCGGGGAGGUGACGGAGAAGUACUACUACGCCCUCUUCGACAUGGUGGUCCGCGGGAACUGCUUCUGCUACGGCCACGCCUCCGAGUGUGCUCCUAUAGACAGAAAACUGGCCGGAGCUGAAGGCAUGGUUCAUGGCCGCUGCGUUUGCAACCACAACACUGAGGGACUGAACUGUGAGCGCUGUCAAGACUUUUACCAUGACCUGCCUUGGAGACCUGCAGAGGGGCGAAACACCCACUCCUGCAAAAGGUGCGAGUGCAAUCAGCACUCCACAUCAUGUCACUUCGACCUCGCCGUGUACAUUUCAACUGGUAAUGUCAGUGGAGGCGUGUGUGAGGACUGUCAGCACAACACAGUGGGCCGACAGUGUGAGCAGUGUGCACCUCUCUUCUACCAGCACCCCAACAGAGACCUGAGAAACUCUAACAUCUGUGAACCAUGUAACUGUGACCCGGAGGGAUCUCUGCGGGGUGGAUUGUGUGACUCGCGGACCGAUGUGGCUGCUGGGCUGAUCUCAGGUCAGUGCAGGUGCAAACUGAACGUGGAGGGGGAGCGUUGUGACCACUGCAGACAGGGACACUAUGGACUGGGACAAGGCCCAGAUGGGUGCCUGCCUUGUACCUGCAACGCACUGGGAACAAUGCCAGGAGGACACCCCUGUGAUUCAGGCACAGGACGAUGCUUCUGCAAAAGACUUGUCACCGGUCAAAACUGUAAUGAGUGCUUGCCAGAGCACUGGGGUCUGUCAAAUGACAUGGACGGUUGCAGACCAUGUGACUGUGACCAGGGAGGAGCGGUGAACAACAACUGUGAUCCCCACUCAGGGCAGUGUGUGUGCCGGGAGCACAUGUUUGGACGCCGCUGUGAUCAGGUGGAAUCCGGAUUCUACUUCAUUGCUUUGGAUCACUACACGUAUGAAGCCGAGGAGGCCCAACAUGGACCAGGAGUCACAUUCCUUGCGAGGGCCUAUCCUCAGGACCGAAGCCCCACAUGGACCGGAAUGGGCUUUGCUCAUGUCCCUGAAGGAGGGUAUAUAGAGUUCAAUGUCAACAACAUACCUGAGUCAAUGGAUUAUGACAUUCUUAUUCGCUACGAGCCACAGCUGCCGAAGCAGUGGGAGCAGGUGACCUUUCGAGUGGAGCGCCCCGUCUUCAACCCUCCAAGCUACAUUGCUCACUGCAGCGACUCCAUCCAGAGUGGAGAUGAGCAGUCGAUCUCUCUCCCACCUGGAUCCAGGCACGUGCUGCUAGUGAGUCCGGUGUGUUUAGAGAAAGGGCUAAACUACACGAUCCAUCUGACUUUCCCGCUGUACUCAUCGGACAGCUACAUCCAGAAUCCACACACGCUCAUUGACUCUCUGGUGUUGAUGCCCCGGGUCAGAGAGAUGGAAAUGUUUCAUGGGACAGAUGGUACGGAAGCGUGGGAUACGUUCCAGCGCUACAGAUGUUUGGAAAGCAGCCGGAGCGUCAUCAAAAGCCCGAUGACGGACAUCUGCAAUGACUACAUCUUCAGCGUCUCUGCCCUGCUGCACAAAGGAGCCAUGACUUGCCACUGCGAUCCUCAGGGUUCUAUCAGCACUGUGUGCGAACCAAGCGGUGGUCAGUGUCGAUGUCGACCCAACGUGGUUGGUAGAAACUGUGACCACUGUGCUCCGGCUACAUUCCUGUUCACUCCUGCUGGCUGCAGAUCUUGUGACUGCGACCCCCUGGGCUCUGUCACUCCUUUCUGUCACGAAUCAACCGGUCAGUGUGAGUGCGUAGCUGGAGCCACCGGACGCCAGUGUUCCCACUGCUUGCCAGGUUAUUGGGGGUUCCCUCAGUGCCGACCGUGCCAAUGUAACGGCCACAGCAAGUAUUGUCACCCUCAGAGUGGAGAGUGUCAGGGUUGCAGAGACUUCACCACCGGACAUCACUGUGAGAGGUGUAUAAAUGGUUACCAUGGUGACCCAGAGCUAGGAUCAGGGGGCCACUGUCGUCGCUGCAUGUGUCCAGACGGGCCUCGCAGUGGUCGGCAGUUUGCGGACAGCUGUUACCUUUUAACCAAUCAGCUGGUGUGUGUGUGCAGCCAUGGCUACAAAGGAACCAGGUGUGAUGAGUGCGCCCCAGGUUAUUAUGGAAACCCUCUCAUUCCCGGAGGCCGCUGCACGCCCUGUGAUUGUAACAACAACAUCGACAUGCACAACCCGGGAUCCUGCGACGUCCGCACCGGCGCCUGUCUCAAAUGUCUGUAUCACACGGAGGGCCACUCAUGCCAGCACUGCAAACCGGGAUAUUACGGCAAUGCCGCAACACAGAGCUGCCGGAAGUGCAUGUGUAACUCGAUGGGGUCGGCACCUUACGUCUGUUCAUCCCGUGAUGACUGCCAGUGUGACCAGCGUAGCGGUCAGUGUCCCUGCCAGCCGAAUGUGGUCGGACAGAACUGUGACCAGUGCGCUCCCAAUACAUGGAACAUCGCCGGUGGGACGGGCUGCCAACACUGUGACUGCGACCCUGUCCACUCUGUCAGAUCCUCCUGUGAUGAGGUUACGGGUCAGUGUGUGUGCAAACCAGGUUUCGGUGGCAGGACGUGUCGAGAAUGCAAAGAGCUGUUCUGGGGAGAUCCAGAGGUCAAAUGCCACGCUUGUGACUGCGACUCCCGGGGAAUAUCCAGCGAGCAGUGCCAUCGAGCCACAGGGCAGUGUACCUGCUUAGAUCGUUUCUCAGGUCCUCGCUGUGACCAAUGUGCCAGGGGAUACAAGGGAGAGUUCCCUACCUGUGAACCCUGCCACCAGUGCUUCUCCAUCUGGGACACUGUCGUUGGCGAGCUGACCAAUCAGACUCGUCGUCUGGAGGCCCAAGUUACUGAGCUGCUAACCACCGGAGUGACGGCGCCAUACAAAGAACUGGUCAGCAGUUUGGAGAGAAACGCCAGGGCUGUCAGGGAGAUUGUGGAAAACAAGACUGCUGCAGAGAACCUGGAAAAUGUCCGAGACCUGAUGCAUCAGAUUACUGGACUGAUGUCGUUCCUCAAUGGAAAACUGAAUAUGACCAAGGAGAACUUGAUCACUGCCUAUAAGAACAAUAACACCACAGAAACCAGCUUAGAUGCACUGACUGAUGAGGCCAGCAAGCUGGAGCAGUACAUCCAAGAGCUCAGACAGCAGGUGCACAACAUCAAAAACUCCAACAUCCAAGGAGCCAUGAGCACAAUUUCUGUUGCAUAUAUUGAGUCCCAAAAUGCAGAGAAACGCUCCAAGGAAGCAACCAGUGUUCCUGGCAACACUGUGGAGGAGUCAGCUGCAUUACGGAAAGCCACUGAGGACAAACUGAGCAGCAGUCAGAAGGAGUUUGACCGGAAACACCAGAGAAACGCUCAGAAGCUGGACAAACUGGCCGAAGAGUUGGAGAAGUUUGACUUGUCCCCGCUUAGUGAGAAGAUGUGUGGCAGUUCAGCUGAAGGGGAAAGCUGCUCUUCCUGCGGUGGAUUAGGUUGUGUCAGGGAAAACGGAGCACCUCACUGUGGAGGAGAGGAUUGCAGUGGUUUUGUCACAACUUCCCAAACUGCCCUGAAAACCUCCCAGAACCUGGACCAGGAGAUCCAGCAGGCUAUGGAGGAAGUGGACAAGCUCUCCAGGAUGGUGUGGGAAGCAAACAUUCGUGCAAAGGAGGCCAAGGCUAAGGCUAUGGAGGUGCUGAUCUCAUCCAAUCGUAGCAAAGAGGCAGUAGAACAGAACAACAAGCAGCUCCGUGACCUCAUCAAAGAGAUACGAGAUCUUCUGAACAAUGAGAAGGCAGAUGCUUCUGUGAUCGAGGCAGUGGCCAAUGAGGUGCUGGCUCUGGAGAUGCCAACAUCGGCAGAGAAACUGCAGGAGCUGACCAAUGAGAUCCGGGAGAAGGUCGGCACUCUGACCAGUGUGGAGGAGAUCCUCAGUCAGAGCGCUGAGGACAUCCAGAGUGCAGAGUCUCUCCUACGUCAGGCCAAAUCAGCAAGUGAGAAGGCAUCACAUAUGAAGGAGGCCGCAGACACAGUGAAGACAGUCCUGGAAGAGACUGAGCGUACUCAGAGCAUCACCGCGGACGCCAUCCAGCUGGCUCGGAACAACACAAAAGAAACCGUAGAGUUGCUUAACUCUGUCGAGUCAGAGACGGCACAAUCAGAGCUGAAGCUCAGCAAUGCCACCAGUCGUCUGUUGGAGCUGGAGCAGGAACUGGGCCUGCUGAGGCAGAACAACCUCGAGAUGAACCAGAAGGUGGAAACGGCCGAGCGGGUCUCUGAGCGGGCCAAACAGAUUGCAGAGGAGGCUCAGAAGGAGUUUGACGAGGACCUAAAAGAUAAAUUGGAGGUGGUGGAGGACCAAGUGGAGGAUAAAGGAGAGUCAGUGCUGCAAGCGAGGAGGAAAGCAGACGAUCUGCAGCGAGAAGCCAAGGAGCUGAUCGCACAGAGCAGCAGCAAGCUGCAGAGACUCAAAGAGCUGGAGAACUCCUACGAGACCAACCAGCAGCUCCUGAAGGAGAAAGCUGAGGCGCUGGCCGUGUUGGAGCAAACAGCCAAGCGCAUCCUGGAGGAGAUCAGCCACAAAGUGUCGCUAUACAGCAGCUGUCAGUGAUCAAAUCACCACCAGCAGAGAAACCUUGAGCCAUGUCUCCUGUGUUUUAACCACAGAAACCUUAAAGUUGCCAAAAACCAUAAAAGUGUUGAAAUAAGAACUCCCAAAUGAAACCCCAACGGUGCUUUAUAUACAGAAACAAUAAAGUUUGAAUAAGGGAAAUCAUAAAA